AUGUCUGGACGUGGAAAUACGACAAAAUCAUCUCUAACAUUCAAAGAAAAGUCUAGCUUGCGAUUUGUUGAGCAGGAAGAGCCUGACUUCAUUAAAGCGAUGAAAUCGAAGUUGGGAUAUCGGGAACCGGCAAAACUUGAAGAUAAGUUCGCCGAUGAGGCGGGCCCGCCUGAUUUCGACGAUGAUGAGACGGAUUUAAUGCGAAUGAAGGAGGAAGAUCGGCCGCAGGUCGUUGUUUUGGAUUCCGCCACUGAUUUGACGAAAGAAGAUUUAGAUAAAGAAUUGGAGGCGAAACGCAAAGAGGAGGAUGACAGAAAAAUCGCUGAAGGCAAAAUCACGUUCAAAAAACCGGUGAAACGCAAUGCGGAUGGUAGUGAGGAAGUCAACGAUAAAAAGAAAAAGGCGCGCGAGGAAAUAGUGGAAAUUAAAGUGCAAAAAAGUAUGGACGAUGGCGAAAAUUAUUGGAACGCGUUCCGCUCCCACAAAAGACUUGCUAGCGAUGGUCCCACAUUAUCGCCAUGGAUGGUAACAUCGCUUCAAGCCACCAAACUAUUCCUGUUCGCCUCGUGCAAUAUUCUACUAACCCUGGGAUCGGUGUUCUCGAAACUAAUCAUUCUCAUCAUGUCGACUAACAUUCUUCCACAUUCGCAUUUAAUUGAUAAAUUCUCGCGAAAAUGUUCUCGCGCGAUCGUUCGACGCACAUCGACGACAACCGCCGGAAUCUACACGUCACUGUUUCUUGUGCAAUGCCUACCGGAUGUCAUUCAUUUUGUGCAGGCUUCCAUGGAAAUCUGGAAAGGACGAUGCGGAAGUAUAAUGCGAUCGCUAGUUUUUCUCGAAGGCCUUCGCGCUAUUGGGCUCGCAGUUCUCACGUUUCACACCUUUCCCCAACUCGAUUUGGCCAGAUGUUUGGCACUUGGAGCCUGCUUCCCGCUUGUCGCCGUCUUUCAGAGAAGCCUUGUCGCCAUGAUGACGGCUUCAAGAAACGGACGAUCCUUCAAAAAUCGUCUAGGACGCUGCUUUCUGGCGAUUCCCCAUGUAAUUAUGUGCCUAAUUUUGCUAUCAAGUUGCUAUAUUUGGACAUUAUUCGAUGGAAAAUUCACCGCCACAAUUUCGCUGCCAAUCGGCGUCAUUUGUGCAUCGAUCGGCUUCUGGGAAUCAUGGAUCAACGUCACCCACGCCAACACCUCAUAUGAUGAGCUUUAUCGGAUCAAAUACGCUGUCCGAAAAAUGAACAACUCUACGAAAGCGGCCGUCGCACUUUCCAGAAUCAUUUGCACCGUUUCCGUCAUAAUUUCCGCUGUUUUUAUGAAUGGCCAUAAGAAGCUAACCCUCGCCAGCUUCACCAAAGCAAUUUUCCACUGGAACACAAGACAGAAUCACACAAUGCUUCUGCUUCUUGCCUUCGGAAUCCUAUUCCUUCAUCUCGCCAUGCGUGGAAUCGCGAGAUUCUUGGCUGCAUUGGACCUCCACCCGAUCUCCUUCAUCCAUCCGCUCUCGAUUGCCCCAAUCCUCGGUUACUGUAUUGUUCGGAACAUUUGCUCAUCGCCGACGUGCUCAAUAGCAAGGCGGCUCAAAAAAUUUGGACUCCGCUGGAUUUGCGAUCAAUGGUUCCAGGAUUCGCAAAACAUGACCUCACCUGACUUUUACAUUUGUCUUAUUUGGCUUGUCGUCGGCUGCUAUCGAGGUUGGCGAUUGGUCCGACAGCGCUAUUUCGAUGCCAAUGAGGAGAUAAUUUCGUCAAUGCCGCCGGUUUCGAAUGGAUUGUGCAUAGAGCAAUCGUUGGUCAUCUUCCAGCACUCGCUGAAUCGGCAGGAGAAGACGACGCUCAUCGAAGAGGACGAUCCUUAUGAUGAGAAUGAUGAGCUUCGUAUUCGGAAUGAUGAGGUUGAUCGGACUUCGACGGUGUAUGCAUGCGCUACAAUGUGGCACGAAACUGAAACCGAAAUGCGGCAAGUGCUUCGAAGUAUCCUCAAGCUUGACGUCGAUCACGCGACUCGUCUAGUGAACAAGAAGCCGAAUGAGAUUCGCUAUCGUCUCGAAGGCCAUAUAUUCAUUGACGACGCUUGGGAAGACAAUGAAGAGGAUGGAAUUCAGAAGCGAGAGCCGAAUGAGUAUUUUGUGAUGUUCUUCGAGCUUUUGAAUGAAAUGACCGGGGAACGUCUCAAUGAGAACGGGAAACUGGAGACGAGAAUUCUCGUGAACACCCCGUAUGGUGGACGUCUUGUGGUAAAACUGCCUUCUGGAACCCUGCUUUUCGUUCAUUUGAAAGACAAGAAGCUGAUUCGGCACAAGAAGCGUUGGAGUCAAGUGAUGUACAUGUACUACCUUUUGGGACAUCGCAUAAUGGAUUGCCCGCUUUCCAUUGAAGACCGACAACAGAUGGCUGACAACACGUUCAUAUUGGCAAUCGACGGCGACUCGAAAUUCGAGCCGGACGCUCUUUUGCGACUUCUUCAUUUGAUGAACACGAAAAGCGAUAUUGGAUGCGCGUGCGGGCGAAUUCAUCCGAUUGGCAGCGGAAUAAUGGUGUGGUAUCAGAAGUUUGAGUACGCGAUUGCCCAUUGGUUCCAAAAGGCCGCCGAGCACGUGUUUGGAUGCGUUCUCUGCGCUCCCGGAUGUUUUUCGCUGUUUCGAGCGUCGGCUUUGAUGGAUGACAAUAUCAUGCACAAAUACACGAAAACGGCGUCGGAGCCGAGACACUUUGUCCAGUAUGAUCAAGGAGAGGAUCGAUGGUUGAGCACACUUUUGCUCAAGCAGGGCUAUCGAAUUGAGUAUGCGGCGGCUUCAGAUGCGGAGACGUAUGCGCCGGAAGGAUUUGAGGAAUUCUUCAAUCAAAGGAGACGAUGGACGCCUUCCUCAAUCGCUAAUACAAUCGAUUUGCUAAUGGAUUAUAAGCGAGCUUCUGAGAACAAUGAGUCGAUCUCGUAUGCCUACAUCGCCUAUCAAUUCCUCGUCAUCUUCUUCUCGAUGCUCGGACCGGCUAUCAUUUUCACGAUGCUCGUUUUCGCGCAAGUUGCCGCGUUCGGCGUCGCCGGCUCCGAUGUGAUGCUCUACAAUGGAAUUCCGAUCGGGUUGUUCGUGUUGCUCUGCUUCACCACAGAAUCGAAUGUGCAAUUGGCGUACGCGAAGGUGAUGUCGAUUGCCUACGCGUUUGUGAUGUUGGCUGUGCUUGUCGCCACCAGCAGUCAGAUUGUGCUUGAAACCGUUUUUGCGCCGACUUCAUUAUUCAUCGUCACCAUGGUGUUUAUUUUCUUUUUCGCUGCCUGCCUUCACCCAAAAGAGUUCACCAAUAUAAUUCAUGGUAUUGUUUUCUUCCUGAUGAUCCCUGCUACGUAUGUGUUCCUCACGCUGUACUCGUUGAUCAACCUCAACGUUAUCAAUUGGGGAACUCGGGAGGCGGUUGCGAAGGCGACGGGGCAGAAGGCGAAGAAGGCGCCGAUGGAAUUGUGGCUUGAUAAGAUUCUUGAUGUUCUCAAGAAGGGAUUGCGAUUCAUCACGGGACGCGAGAAGAAGGAGGAGGUGGAGAAGAGGGAGAGGCUCGAAAAAAAGCUGACCAAGAUUGAGCUUGCUCUGAAGAAUAUUGAUGACACCAAUGAGGUGAAGAAAAUUCUCGAAGAGAAUCAGAAGCCGGAAAUGGCGGAACAUGAAACGCAGACGAUUCAAGCAGCUGAAGGUGCCGAAGGCGAUGAGAAGGCAAUGAAGGAGGUGUUCAAAGCGAACAAGUAUGUUUGGAUGACGAACAAGCAUCUGAAGGUGUGUGAGCGCGGGAAACUGAAGUCGGCGGAGAAGAUGUUCUGGAAUCAGUUGAUUGAGACAUAUUUGAAGCCAAUCAAAUCGACGCCGGCCGAGACGAAGCAGGUUGCCGAUGGUCUAGCGUCGUUGAGGAAUCAGAUUGCCUUCACAAUUCUGCUGAUUAACGCUCUUCUCGCUAUGGCGAUUUUCUUGAUUCAGAAGCAUAAGAAUGUGUUGAGCAUUAAAUAUAUUCCAUAUGUUGGCUUCAAACACACCAAGAUGAAUGAAACGACUGGGCAAUAUGAGAAGACUGACGAGCCGCUAAAGAUUGAUCCGCUCGGAAUGGGAAUUGUGGUGUUCCUGAUUGCGAUAUUGUUCAUUCAAACUUUGGGAAUGUUGCUUCAUCGAUUGAAUACCAUGAUUGGCGCGUUCCAGGAAGUGCGUAAUCUUCAGGAUUAUGGGGUUUCGGUGAGGCCGAACACCAAGAAUGAGGAUGAGAGGAUUCUUACGAAUGCGCGUUUGAUGAUCAACGCGACGAAUGUGCAGAGCGGACAUGCCGGCGAUGGAUACACUCGUCAUCGUGCCGAUGAAUCCGACACUGGAAAUGUGCUGUAUAAGUUGCAGAAGGCGAGAUUGGCGAAGCGAAUGCAGCGAAGCGCGUUGCCGAGUUGA